AUGCUGUUUACUUUGUUCAAGGAAGACCUGCAGAGGGAGCUAAGAUCAAGUUUUCUAAUACUUAAAGCCACUGGAUACUAUGGAACUAGUAGCAAAGCUCACAGCUACACUGGUACCUCGCAAGAUGAAUGCCUCGCAAGACGAAAGAGUUUUUCGUUUUUUGAGUUGCUUCGCAAGACGAAUUUCCCUAUGGGCUUGCUUCACAAGACGAAAAACGAAAAUGUCUUGCAAGUUUGUUUCCUUUUUCUUAAAACCGUUAAUACCCUAUGGGAAACCGUGCUUCGCAAGACGAAAAAACUCGCAGAACGAAUUAAUUUCGUCUUGCGAGGCACCACUGUACUAGUGAGCAAAGCAUAUCUCAAAAAUCAUGUAAAAAAUGGAAGCAGAUGGGAAAGGAGGACUGAAGACAUGUUGCAACUAAACUUCAAACAAGGUGUGUGCACUUAA